GCCACACUCGGUGGUACCAAUGCCGCGUUGCCUCAGGCCUGUGGCCAUCACUUUCGAGAGUGUUCCGGCCAGACUUCGCAUGUCUCCUCCAUUCUGGCUUCGACCAGUCUCAAAACGGUAGUCACGCCGAAUGAGCCUAAAAGUGCCACGAACAAAGUGAGCCAGACCGGCAUUCCCGGACGUCAUGGGUCGAACCGCGGGACUCGAACUUCGGAUAGCUCGUAUGGUUUGUGUCUAGUCCACCUUCUGCUGGCCAGCCUCUUGCUCUCUCAAAUGAGUUACACUGUUGCGCAACUGACUGCCGAGAGGGAUCUGGAGCCAGAAAAGCGGCGUGAAAAGAUACAGCUGAGGAAUGAUCUAUUCUACAGAGGUUAUGGUAAGUGGGGGACAGGAAUAAUGGAUUCAUCUUACUCCCUCUCAACACUUGCCUGGGCAUUGUGCUUUCCGUAG